AUGUUUGAGUUGGUGGGAAUUCCAAAUACUUGGUUCAGCACCGCAGAUGAAGAAAGUUUACGUAUUCUAACUAGAAUUAUCAACAAGUCGUACGAUAAACCUAGAUUUAAGUUUGGGGUAAUCGGUUCAUCGAGAGUGAAGAGCCCACAAACUUUCCCUCUGGACUUCGAAAUCUCACAUAAGAAGCCAUUCGUAUUAUAUCUUCUCUUAGGACCAGCUGAUAGGGUAAAAUCAACGCUCUCAGGGGUACCAAGAGAUUUCAGCGUUAUAUCUCAAAAUAUUACCGAAGCAUAUGACUCAGAUAUCCCAGCACGGUUCGUGGAUGAUUUAUCCUUCGACAAGCAUAGCGAUUUUUCUAUUAGCAUAGUAGGCGAUGACUACAGAAUUACAAAUGAUAUUCUUGAAAGAGUUAUUGGUACUGUGGGCUUCAAGGAAUAUGUAAGCACCGGGAGUGAACACGUCAAAGAACUCGAAUUGACUUCAUUCACUUCGUUCUUGAAAAAUUCGGGUCCACAUUUACUAGAAGUAGUCAUUGAGAAGGUUUUGCUUCGUAGAACUGAAUUUGAUAAGCUCUUUGGUAUAGACAGAAACAAGUUGAAAAGUUUUAAAAUCAACGGGGUGGUGAUCAAAGAACAUGGGCUAGUCAAGUACUACACGUCCAAGUGUGGGUUUAUUGAAGCUGCUAAGGAAGAUACGCUUAUCGAAGUCGACAAAGACGGUAACCUUGUUGGGAAUGAAUUGGAAGACGGAAUCAUCGCUUUUAAAAGUUUUCACUUGUCCUACAUUUAUAGAUUAAUUGAAUUGUAA